GUAUCCUGUGUUUUGUCAGCCCGAGCUUUACACAUCGUUGUGUAUUGCCGGGCUUAUUAUUUUGAGCACUAGACCAGUGCUGGCAAAUAAAGCCUAUUUUCCACUGGACUACCGUUGUCUGCUCAUUACUCCUGCACCGCAUCACUGCUACACAGCUACCCCUCACCACCCACUUUGCCACACGUGGUGUCAGAAGUGGGAUCAUGGACCGCGACGCGCUGGCGGAGCUGCUGCAGGCACUGGAGAGCAGACGGGACGCAGAGGAGAGAAGGAGGGAGGAGCGCUAUACAGCGCUCAUUGAACGGGUAGGACUGGCCGUGGCUGCGGUAACGACCCCGACUACAACACCGGUGAUGUCGCCCCCAAAGGCACGGGCGAUGAAGAUGUCGGCGGAGGAUGACCCGGAGGCGUACUUGGUGGCAUUCGAGCGGCUGGCUACCGCGGCGGCUUGGCCGCGGGAGUUCUGGGCCAGCCAAUUGGGACCCUGCCUGAUUGGGGAGGCUCAGGCAGCUUACCAGGCCAUGAGUGACCAGCACGCCACUGAGUAUGACCUGGUCAAGCAGGCUAUCCUCCGCCGACUCAACAUUACUACCGAGACCCACCGGGCGCGGUUUCGGGAGUACCGGAGAGCCCCGGAGACACGCCCCAGGGUGGUUGCGGAGAGGUUGUGCGACCACAUGGUGCAUUGGCUGACCCCCGGGAAGAAGACCGUCCAGCAGAUGGGGGAAGCCAUUGUGGUAGAACAGUUCUGCCAUGUGGUCGGCGCCGAAACCCAGGCGUGGAUACGGCGCCACAACCCCGACACCCUGGAGGAGGCGGUCAAAUUGGCCGAAGAUUUUGAGGACUCCCUGACCUCUGCCCGGAUCGGGAUCCUGUCCGCCCCUGCCCUUCGGAGCAGCCGCGCUCUCUCUCCCUCUCCUCCAACAUCAUCGCCACCACCCCCCUCGUUCCAGGGACCCAGACCUCCCAGAGCACCGACCCCAUUGGGCCCCCUUGCCUCCCCCCCAUGGAGAUCAAGGUUGGCCCCCAGCUGGGGUAGAGGUGCUGCCCCUGCCCCGUUGCCAUACCAGCAGCGGGACAGAUUUCUAACCCAUGCCCCCUCUGUCCCUCCUAUCUGUUUUAGGUGCCACCAGCCGGGACAUCUGGCCAGGUCAUGCCCCGCUGCCAUGGAGUGUGACGUGGCCGCGUGCAAUUGGGCACCUGAGACUGACAGCUAGAACAUAUCCGGAGCUGUCGCACUGGGCGAACACAAGCCGGAUCACCUCCUCACGUACUGUCACAACGUCCUGUGUAUUCACUCACCACAAUCACGACUGCACGCACCCGAGACGGGUGACCGUAUUCUUGUUUCUUUUGUUCAGGACUGUAUCCUGUGUUUUGUCAGCCCGAGCUUUACACAUCGUUGUGUAUUGCCGGGCUUAUUAUUUUGAGCACUAGACCAGUGCUGGCAAAUAAAGCCUAUUUUCCACUGGACUACCGUUGUCUGCUCAUUACUCCUGCACCGCAUCACUGCUACACAGCUACCCCUCACCACCCAC